AUGGCUAUUCCCAUUACGGAAUUGGUUGGUAGUCGUACCCGGAUUUGCGUCCGGCUCAUGACAAAUAGUGCCGCCUGUGGUCGCCCCCAAUUAAAUAAAACACCCUACGAAUAUCAUAAAUGUGAAAGCUUGGUUGGGGUUGGACUUGAGGCACGCGGUUCCUGGCCCCCGCCCGCCCCAGUCCGCCUCAGCGUGCCGGAACGACGUGAAAGCUCCCGAUCACAAUAUCCGAUAAUCAUGAGGAUCAAAACAUCAGAUAAUGGUAACAUCGCCGUAUACAACAACCAAGACGUAUUGUCACGUAGAAAUUCCGACAACAGAAGUUGGUUGUCUGUGAACAACAGCGCACAAACCAAUUUACGUGAGAAUAGUACGGACUACUCCAAAGUUACGAAUUGUAACACAGUGUACAGCUCUCAAAGGAAGUCAGAGACGUUUGAGAAUUACUCUACUACUUCAGAAGUUGGUGCAGACAGUGAGGACUUGACUGUAAGCCCUGAACUUGUGUGCAACAAACAGUACCGGAUCAACAACAGACACGUGAACAGCGUACAGACGUGCAAUAAUUCGGCCACGGACAUUCUGGAGGAAAGCAUAGACACCGUCCGCGCGCCUUGUAUAGAUUUUAGAAGUAAUACUAAUGUAUAUACAGAAACAACACCAGUUGACGAGGAAAGAGCAUUUGAACAUUCUGAUACAGAUGAAAUGUCUGAGAACGGCAUUCAUCCUGUACCGAGAGGAAUUGUGAAUCCAAAUUAUCCUGGUUUCCAACACUUAGCGCACACGUUACAGGAUUAUUCAUCAAAUAUAGAAAAUUUUUAUCAUUCAGAAAAUGAAAUGACUGAUGACGAUGUCGAUGUAGAAAUAACUGACCUGGCGUACGAACCAGAACCUAACCAAAAUGAAACUACGGACUACAAAAAUAUUAAUAACAAUAAUAACAUUAAAUCUGACUUAAUAAAUACAACACUACUAUCACCGCAAAGUAAAUCAGAUUCACAGCAAAACAUUGUAGAUAGUCAAAUAAAAAAUGAUAUACCAGACCUUUUAAAGACGAUAUCUAAGAAUAAUAAUAACAAUGAUGAGUCAUUUAAUUAUGAUUUAAAUUGCACAGAUGCAGACAUAGAGAAUAACUUUCACGCCAAAGAUAUUAUUGGUGACUUUAAUAAGGAAAUUGAAGAUGAAAUAAAACAAUUACUGAACUAUAACAUAAACAUCCAAGAUGACUUAGAAGAAUUACGCAAAGAUAUCAAAGAUACUUUUGCAAAACCUAUUGAAAAUACCAUUAACAAUAUUAGUGACGUGGUCAAUCACGUAAUAAAGAAAUUAGUAGAAACGCAGUGUGAUGAAAAUGAUGACAAUUUUAAAGAUAGUUUUGUGAAUCAACAAAAAAUUGACGAAAUUAGUGAAAUAAAUAGAGAAAAUGAGAAAAACAUUCGAACAGAAAUGAAUUUAAGUAGGCCUACGUUUUUACUAAUAGAAAAUAACACCAAUGAUAAGAUCACAGAUGCUUUCCUAUCAGAUGGAAAGGAUGAAAUCAAUAUUAAUGACUAUAAUACUGAAAAAUUGAGCCUUAACGUGGAAAAUACUAUUAAGCAGCUCAGUACUGAGUUGAGAAAGAUAAUUCCUAAAUUAGAUGAAAUGCGUGAACGUGAUAGGUUAUGGGCCGAAAGCAAAAAAGAAACUGUUGUAAUCGAUGGAAAUUCAAAUGAAGUAGCACAUUCUUCGAAAGGGUACAGUUUAAUGAGUAAAAGUGUUCAGUCGCAAGGUAAACCAGAUGUUAGCAAAACUAUGAGGCUCACUGAUAAUCAUAUAAGUGUCAGAAACAAUUCUAUACGGUCACCUGUUGAACCCAAGGCGUCCAGAGAUAAACAAAGAGAAAUAACUACAAGCAAAAACUCUUACCGCACUGCUCAAAGUAAAACAUCCGUCCGUAAAAAUGACAACACAAAAGAUGUAGAUUUGGGAAGUUUUGAUGUUUACAACAUAGAAACAGCUUUGCCUAAGUUAGAUUUGGAUGCCAUUGAGAAUCAUUUGAAAGCCGCAAAAGAAGCAGAAAGACGGUUUAGCAAAACUCCUGAAGAAAUCCACGACAACGCAAAUACAGAAACUGUAGAAAAGUCUGGAUUUAAACGAAGUUUACAUCUUUUCAAAACGAAGUUGUUUUAUAAAAACGACUGUGAAAAUGUUCAAGUAGAGAAUUGUGACGACACUGUGCUGAGUCCAAGGGCUAUAGGUUCAGCAGAGUGUGCUCUGACAGAGAUUGAAUGGCCCAGUCUUGCUGAUAACAAUCCUAACAUCUUAGAGAAAUUUACAAGAAUUGUGUCUGCUGUUGACAAUGUCUCUUACGAUAAAAAUAAACGCAAUGAUAGAGAGGAGAUCAGGAGACGGCUGGCUAUGGGAGCAGAUGCUGAGGAGUACUACAGUAUGGGACACACAGACCGACCAGGAAAGAAACCAAGUCUCCAUUCACGACUUCAAAGUGGGAUGAACCUACAAAUAUGUUUCAUGAAUGAAACCGCAUCUGACAAUGAAUCUCAAGCAUCAGAUUUUGAAAAAAAUUAUAAUAACACAAAGAGUUUGUCUCGAUCGAGUUUAUUUAGCAAGUCAAGUUACAACCAUCCGUACCAAACGAGACCUUUGUCAGUUAAUAUCACAAAACAUGACAAAAUAAGUACCGUGCAGAGUGGAGCAAAGUUACGACCAACAUCCCUUUCAUUAAAGACAAAGUCCAGGUCAUCACACUCUUUGGGCCAUAUUGAGAUAAAGGAGUCUGAUUUCUAUGUACUGCAAGCUACCUUACAGACUGAGGCCAGGGUCGCACUGGCACAGGCGAAAGAAAUGGCUCGCAUACAAAUGGAGCGCGAACGGCGCAGUAGGGCAGUGUCGCCCGUGACAGAAAUGCUCCGGCGCAGCAUGGAGAAGGCCAACGCGCCGCUCGCCCCUGACAGGCGCCGAGUGUCGCGGCAACUACUCACCGAUAUGAACAUAGCUCAGUUGCAGGUGAUAGUGAAUGAGCUGCACUCUCAGAUCGAAUCGCUCAAUGACACGCUCGUCAAGAUGCUGAUGGCUCGGGAUGAGCUGCACAUGGGGCAAGACUCCAUGCUCGUCGACAUUGAGGACUUGACGCGCUAUCUGGGCGUCAAGGAGCAGACUAAGAAAACCAAAGGCGCUACUAAACCGGCUAUGAGGAGGCUCACAUCUUUAGUGCACAAAUAAGUACACAAUAUCUUAACAUUAGGCUUAUUAUAACUGCGAUCUAUCUAUCUAGUACAUACACAGGUCGUCACUUGGACAUGUAAGGCAGUGCGAGAGGUAGAUAUUACACUAACAUUGAAUAACUUUCUAAUAUUAAAUGCUCGUAUGAAAUGAAUGGGAGGCAACGAUUCUAUAUACAUGUGUCUUUGUAAAUACACCACAUGAUUGUCACAUAUUAUGAACGUUUACACUAAAUUGUAGGACUAAAAACACUAUGUAUAGAACUGUUGCAUUUACUUUGAACAUUCAUAUAAACCAUUUAAUUAGGUUUAUUUUUAUUGGAUUUUCAACUUUAUUGUUUUGGUAUAACGUCGAAUAUCCAAUGAAAAAAUUUACAGAUUGGAGUAUGUUUAUCAGAUGG